GCCGGCCAUUUCGUUUCUGCUAGCUACGUCAUUAUAUUGUACAGUACACACGGAACUGCAUGAUCAGUGUGAUCGUGGUGACUGUAGAUUUUUUCACAAAAUAAUGCAGUCCUUUUUCGCACGUUCUUAUGACAGUCACCAAGAAAUACAGUUUAUACAUUAAACCUCGAGCUUAAUAUGAGCAUGGAUUUAGCGUUUUCUGGAUGUGGUUUUUUAGGCAUCUAUCACAUCGGUGUUGCCAGUUGUUUUAAAGAACACGCACCAAAUCUGAUUCGAAAUAUCAACGGCGCUUCGGCUGGGGCGUUGGUAGCCUGUUGUAUUGUUGCAGAUAUAGACUUUGGUAAGGCUACAGAUAAUGUUCUACGGCUGGUUCAAAAAGCCAGAUCCCGUCUGCUUGGACCGUUCCAUCCAUUCUUUGAUCUGCAUGGCUACAUGAAUGAACGCAUGCACAAAGUAUUACCAGACAACAUCCAUGAACUGGCAGCUGGACGAUUACAUAUAUCACUUACACGAGUCUGGGACAAGACCAACGUCAUCGUAUCUGACUUCAAAUCCAAAGAGGAAGUCAUUGAGGCAGUAUUAUGCAGUGCGUUUGUGCCAUUCUACUCAGGAAUGAUCCCACCUACAUUUAGAGGAACAAGAUACUGGGAUGGUGGUCUGAGUAAUAACUGUCCUGUCUUGAGCCCAGAUACCGUGACAAUCUGUCCCUUCUCAGGAGAAUUUGACAUCUGUCCAUCCUCCCAGGAGUUUGGUGACUACCUCAGAUGUACCUCAGCAAACCUUAACGUUCAUGUCACAUCCACCAAUUUCUGGCGUUUGUCAAGAGCCCUGUAUCCCCCAGAACCAGAGAAGCUAAGGAAACUAUGUCAGCAGGGAUAUGAUGAUACGUUACGUUAUCUACAGUCGCAUGCUGUGAUUCCUUGCAAUCGGCAUCUGAGUUUAAGCAGAUCUCCGUCCUGCAGUGGUCUAAGCAGUGAGCGUCGGCGGUUAUCCGAAGCUCAGUUGUCACUUCGUAGUACUCUACUAUCUCGCUCCUCUCUACAGUCACUCAGUAGUGACUUACAACUUCUGCAAGACAUCCUGGAAGCAAACGAUAACGAGACCUGGGAAGAUUGGAAUGAUGAUGACUUCUUUGAAGAUGAGGAAGAAUGUGAAGAUUGUAAAAUACGAGCUGAACAAACCAUGUUGAAAGGAAGUCUACCUCCUCAGGUUACUAAUGCUAUCCGAGAAGCAGUGAUGCUGGACAACACUCUGCUGAAUUACUUAUUCAAGUUCAAGAUGUUCAAGGCAGUCUCAUUCAUGGCUCUUCCAUAUGUCAUCACAUUUGAGACAGUGGUGCUCUUCACAGUCAGGUUUGCCAAAAUCCUGCCCCGAGUUCAUCAUGAUGUGCAUCAUAUAUGGAAACAACUGAUGGGCUUAAUCAGACACAUGCUCAGGCGUACUUCAGCAGCUAGUCUACUCAAUAGGCUUUCAGUCGGGGACAGGAAACAGUUCCUAGCUUCGAUUGCCGAUGACAUGCUGUAUCAAGAACUACAUGGAGACACAAUGCUGAAGAAGCACAGUCAGCAGGGGCACCAUAAGCAUCAUCCACACAGCUGGCAAUCACUACCAGACUGUGUCUUAGAUACAUUCGAUUUAUGUGAAGAUGCUUUCCCUGAAUCUAGGUCAAGGAGUGAAUCACUGCUGUAUGAAAGGGACAAGUAUUGUAGCAACUUGUACGAUAGCUUUGAUCAUACUGUGCAGAUAAGUGUUGAGAUGGAAGAUGUGAUAGUGUUCCAUUAUCUCAAGGAAUCCUGCCUGAUUGAUCUGACUAGUUCCAAGAAUGAGGAACUCAGGUUGAUUGAUACAUAACAUGAGCUGCACAGGGUGUCGUGUCAUUCCCUGCACAUUACAUGAGGCUGAUACUCCACAUUCAAUCUUAUAGAAACACUAGUAUCACUCCUUUAAUUUGUUGGCCCAGGGAAAUGAACAAAGUAACUGAUUUACAUUACUCUUGGAUAUUGUUAAUCAGGCAAACAUGAACUGAUUUUAUUCUCUGCAAUCUGGAAGCUAUUUAAAUAUGUAUGAAGAUGACCUAUUUAUGUACGACAUGAAUGAUGGUAAAAUCGAUUUUCAGUUUUGCUUCAGCCACCUUGUUUACUGUUAGAAAUUGAGAGGGUGUCGGUGACCAGGCAUGCAACUUUUCCUCGGAUCAGCUGAUUUCUUCGUUUUUUACUUCUCAUGAAUGCCAUUAAAAAUUGAAAAAAAACUGUACAAAGUCUUGUGUGGUUUGGAGUUGUCUCGUUUUUUCUAAAUUCCCAGUUGCAUGCCUGGACCAUGACCAGUUUAAUGAGGGAUGAUUGAUGAGUUGGACUAUUCAGCAUUAACAAUGUGUGUUCAAAACACUAGUUCAUUUGACAAGACUGUACUCAACUUAUUUUGACAUGUACCAUCACUUUCCUUUAAUCAUAUUACUACUUGAUAAUUGGAUUAACCGAAGGAGAAGAUGGUACAUGUAUGCUAACAUUAAUCACUCUAAGUGUCCAGUCUGAAAGUAACUUCAUCUCAUCUUCAGUAUUACGUUUUCAUCAAGUUAGUUUCACAGGCCAGUCCUUUUAAAUCACCUUUAUCAUGUGAUCAAUUAGCAGAUGUAAUUAUUGUAUAAAACAAACUUAAUCAUUAUACUGUAUGGACUCGGUAUAAGGAUUGUUAUGAAAAUGAACAAUUGUAUAUAACUGUAAGAAAGUGAUAUUUUUAUAUUGUGAUUUAAUGUAUCUUCAGUGUGAAUGUGGAGGUUUGUUGUUAUAUUUCAGGUCCUACUCAAUGCUGCUGUUAAGCUAUUUAUUUGUCAUCUACCUUGACCUGUAACGGUCCAUAGUUUCAUUUAUUGCAUAAGGAUUCAAUCUUUAUCUUGUAUGUUUACACACUCAAGUACACUGUUAUAUUUAUAUUAUGCAGUUAUGGUACUUUAAGUGUUUUAUCGUUUGAUUGCAAACAAAUGUAAAGCAAAGGUCGUGAGAAUUUGUACAAAACAUUCAUCCUUUUUCAGUAUGAAAAGCCAGAAAUACAAAUAUCUUGGUUCUUCAACAAUGUGACAUGAAGCUCAUUAUCGUGCUGCUGACAGGUCACAAUUAUAACGGGUAAAAACUUGUUUCAUGUGUUCAUGUGGUCCUGCAAACAAUUUAAUGAGACUUUCAGUUACAUGUAAUUUAUUUACUGAAGAAGUGCGAGUGCAGUAAAUGCAAAAAAAAACAAUGAAACUUUGCAAAAACGGAAUGAGAUCUAUAAUAGACCCGUAAUAUAGUGAGGUCAUGCUUUGUUUACAUGUGGGCUUUCUUGUGGGAGUUUGGUGGCUCCACCUGGGUGUACAAUUGACUAAUUAGAGUCUUGUAUUUAGUUACAUUAACUGAUGGCCAAAAAAGUUAGGGAAGACAUGUACCUAGUAACGCUUGUGCUCAGAGUGUGCUAAUCACAUGAACUUUACUAAUGCUUCUGAUAAUGCUUCUGAUAAGUUACAAUUGUUACAUUGUAUGUAUGGAUUAUAAAGCAAGGCUGCGUACCUUGGGUUUAUUUUAUACAUCAACGUAAUGAGACAUCAACAUUGACGGGGACAUAUAUCAUUUUGAAACAUGCAACCAUAAACACAUGUAUAACCUGUUCCUUAAAUGUCCUAGGACAUCUCCCAGUAACACUGUGAAGUACUGCAAUAAUUCCAGAAUUUGGGUAUUUUAUCUACCAAGGUGAUUACAAAUAAAUAAAAGGACCUCUGAAUGAA